CGUAGGCCAUUUAAAGUUCAAUACUGAGUCGGAUCAGAGCAAAAAGUAACCUUAAAGUCAGGUUCCGGAGGGAAAACAGAAGUACCGUGUGUGGAGGGACUUUCAGGCGCUCAAAGCCAUAUCACCUAUAAGGGAGAACAGGUAGGAAUCAUAGCUGAUUCCUUUCACACGGGCUCAUUGUAAAUAAAUUCUCUAGGGAUCAAUCGAACAGCUGCUUACACACAAGCAGCCUCAUAUGGAUAUCCGCAUCCUCUUGUUCUGUAUCCUGACAAAGACGUUAUUCACAAUGAACACCAAAUUUUUAACACCACUCUUACCACUCUUGUUUCUGUCCCGACAUGUUCUCUCCCUACCAUCCAAUUCUGACUCAUGGCACUUACUACCUCCCAUUCCACUCGGCCCUCAGCAGGAAGAGAGCGUUGCUGCGAUCGGCGGCGACAUUUAUAUUGUCGGCGGCAUCAACCUUGUCCCUCCCAACGCCACAACCAUACCCUCUGUGAGCUACAUGCAAGUCUACUCAACAACAACCAACACUUGGCGCCGGGUCGCCGACAUCCCCAUGGCCGUCAACCACGCCAACAUGGCUUCCCUCAACGGGAAGCUCUACGUCCUCGGCGCCAUCGCCGGCUCCGGCAUUAACUACCCCAUCGCCAACAGCUUCGCCUACACCCCAGCCACAGACACAUGGGAUGCCCUGCCCCCCAUGCCCGCAGGCACCGAGCGCGGCGCCGCGGGGGUGGGCGUCUGGGGUGACAACAUCGUCAUCGCGGGUGGGCUGAACUACACCGACUUCCUCAACGGGGCGCAGACGACGGUGCCGUGGACGUCCAUGUUCAACACUCGCACGCUGCAGUGGGACACGGCAUUCCCCGACCUGCCCGACGGAGGCCGCGACCACUGCGGAGGGGUCGUGCUUGGCGACACGUUCUACGUGGUGGGCGGACGCGUCAGCGGCGAGAGAAACGUCCGCGGGACGGUGUGGGCUAUGGACCUGGGAAAGGCGACCCGGACGUGGGUGGAGAUGGAGGGUAAGAUGCCCACGCCGAGGGGAUCACACUCCACGGCGUUGGUUGACGGCAAAAUUUAUACCUUUGGGGGAGAGGGGAAUCCGGUCGGGAACGGCAUAUUUGAUAACGUCGAGGCUUACGAUGUAAAGGCUGAUAGCUGGGAGGUUCUGGCGCCCAUGCCAGAACCGCGCCACGGCACCGCCGCUGCUGUUGUGGCCGGUCGUGUAUUUAUACCUGGGGGGGCCUACAAAGGGGGAGCGGGUGCCGUAGACUCGAACCAGAUAUUUAUUCCUUAAGCGACUGUAAAGUACCUAUAAGGGUUAUUAAUCAAUUUAAUAAAAGCUAGGCUUAUAACUUUUAUAAGUUAAGGUAUAUAGUAGUAGAUAAGGUUAUAUAAGGUCAUAAAGAGUUACUUAAAUAAUGUUAUAUAGUGCC